AUGGGACAGCAAGGAAGCAAGACUGAUAUCACGACCAAAGUCGGCGAAGGAAGCCAAGUCGUCAACAACAAAGCGACGUCGGCUAAAGACGCUGUGUCACACAGUUACGAGUCUGCCAACGAGACAGUGGAUGCCCAGAACGCUAUCCAGGAGAAGGCAUCGGAUGCUCAAGACGCAAUAAAGGACAAGUAUACCUCAGCUAAGGACACUGUGUCGGAGUACUACGAAACUGCCAAGAAAAACGUUGGCGAUGCGAAAGACACCAUCAAGGAUAAGGCUAGCUCUUCCAAGAACUAUGCGUCGCACACUUAUGAGUCUGCCAAGGAGAAGGCAGCCGAAGCUCAAGAGGCAGUCAAGGACAAGGCUGGCUCAGCCGAAGUCGAAAGCGUCGUCGCUGCAAAAGACACUGUAGCGGAGGUGUACGGCUCGGCCAAAGCGAAAGCAGGGGCUGCGAAGUCGACGGUAUCAGAGCACGCUGAUUCAGUCAAGGGGGCAGCUGCUGCGGCUCAGGACAAAGCGUCACACCUGUUAAAUGUUGCGAAAGAAGAUGUCGCAAUCGCUCAAGACAUUGCAUCGCGCUAUUACAAGCCAGCGAAAGACAAGACCGAGGCGGUGAAAGUUACGGCAUCGCACUACUAUGACGUGGCCAAGGGCAAGGCUUCUGGCGCCCAAUCCAUGGUGACUGACGAAGCCGCGAUGGUCCACGGGAAGGCAUCAAGUGCUUAUGGCGCUACGAAGGACACAGCCGUGGCAGUCAAGGACAAGGCUAUUGGAGCGAAAGACUUGGUGAAGGACAAGGCUGAGUACCUCCAAGACAGGGUGAAGAAUAAUGUUCUUUAG